GCCCACUCAAAUAUAUCGUUAUCUGCAAUAAGAACCCAGCAAAUAAGCCCAUACGAACACCUGUCCAAAACAGUUAUUCCCUUUCGCGGGUAAAACAGAUCGGUCUUGUAUUACAGGAUCAUGUUGCAAAAGAGAUAAUGGAUGUUUGAUUGAUUAAUUGAUUGAUUGUAAGCAAAUUUGCAAACGUGUAUGCUAAUAAAAAAUCUUUAAUUUCAUCUGGAAAGCCGAAGAAAGGAGGAAGAAAGAAGGUGAUUCAAUGGGGCAAUCCUCCUCAACUGACCAAAUCUCGCCGGCCCAAAGGGAGGCGGAAACUUUAGCAGCAUCUACUGGAGCUCUUCCCACUCUCCGGGAGGCAUUUUCUCGUCUCUCCGAUCCUGAAACUGGACUUAUCCCUCUUGAUUCUAUCCGGAAAUGCUUUGCUCUUGUUAUCGAGAACCCAUCAUCAGGCACUUCGGGAACAUUAGCUCCGAAAGAAUUUCCAGUGUUGCUGGCCCAUGUGGGUUCUGCUAUUGUGGACCAAUUUUUCCUGGUUGAGAAGGCAGGGCUUACUUGGGUUGAGUUUUUGAGAGGUUACACCAAAUGCUGUGGAAGGACAGUUGCUUCCACUUCCUUGAAUAACUUAUUCAAGUUGGUGUUUGUGUCUGCUAAUGAAAAGGCUGGCCUUCCCGUGAAGCUGCAGGUCGACCCUAGUGAAGAUGAUGAUGGCAAAUUGAGUGGAUCCUUACUGCCUGCUGAUCUACUUAAUCUUCUUUGGGCAUGCUGGACUUUGUCCUGGGAUUCGAGGAAUCUGAGAUCUUCGACAAGCAAAGGGAGUCUUGGUCGUCCAGAUGUUGACCAUUUGGUGUUGUCCGCCGUAGAAAGUUGCGCUGAAUCUGCUGAUAAAUUGAACUUUUGGGACGCCAAAACUUCUGGAUUGGAUAUUGAAUUACCUGUUUCGAAAGUUCUCACGUGGGCUUUGAAGACAGUGCCAUAUCUUGCCGAUUGCUUGGCUCAAUUUGUUAAUUCGAGAUUGGGUUACUUGACAAGCCACCAGGGCAAAUGGGAGGAUUUAUACUUUCCAGUGCAUGGCAUUUCCCCUGCCGAAGUUUCCAAUACUGGUCUUCUUACUUGUGGAAGGGCCUGGGCUAUAUCACUUACACUAAGGGAUAAUCUAAGUGAGGAGAUUUCAAAAGCAUGUUUCCUUGGUGAAAGCGAGGAUAUUAAUGAAAGUUUACUCUACAGGUCAUCUUUGCAUGGAAAAGGUCUAAACAGAUUUUGGUCGCAUGUUGAGGGCUAUCUUGGUCCAGUUAUAAUGCUGAUUGAUGCUUGUGAGAGUAACAAUGUUGAAAGGAGGUUGACCAUUGGGGCACUGACACAUCAGGGUUUUGAAAAUAAGGACAUCUUUUAUGGAAGUUCUGGUAACCUAUAUGCUUUAGGUCCAGUCUUUCAUGUCUUUGCAGCUUCAGGGAAGGAGAAAAACUUCAUAUACAGCCACUUGCAUCCUGCUGUAAGGGUGUAUGAUCCUCAUCCAAAGCCUGUUGGAAUUGCCUUUGGAGGCUCAAUUGGAAAUGAGAGAGUAUUCAUGGAUGAAGAUUUUUCUAAAGUUACACUUCGCCAUCAUGCUGUAGACAAAACUUAUCAACAUGGUUCUCUUUUUCCCAAUCAGGGGUUUUUACCAACCGAGAUGUCAGUUUUGGAGGUGGAGAUAUGGGGGUUAGGUGGCAAAAGAGCUAAAGAUGUCCAAACUUCAUACAAGAAAAGAGAAGAAAUUUUCACCGAGCAAAGGCGAAAAGUAAACAAUCGAGGACCCUUGAAUCUCAAAACCUUGCUUUUCUGCAACUUUUUCCUUCGUAAGUUCCUUAAUGAUGCCCCUUUCUUUUACGUAUUCUUGCAGGUUGACUUGAAGGCAUUUGGAGACUGGGAAGACUCACCGGAGAAGAUGAUGAUGGACAUGAUGGCUGACCCCAAUAGGGUUCGCCGGCAAGACCGAUAGGUAUUCCUCUAUGUAGGUUGUUUUCUAAGUCAACACAAACCAGGGAGAUUGGCAAUCAUGGAGAGUGUAUAGAUGUUUUUGUGCAUGUAACAUAUAGAGAGAAAACAGACUUGGAUCUUGUUCUAGACUUUUGUGUAUUACAUCACUAUAAUAACAUUGAUGAAGCGCAACUUGAGAAAUUGACUAUACAACAAGUAGAGAUUAUAUAUGAUUUAUUUGAAAUACACCAAGCCGCGACAAAUUACUUAUGGAUUAGGCAUAAACCAACAAUGGCCAGAAAGUUGAUGCUUUUCAACUGAGGAAGGCAGUGGUAGUGUUGAUAGGGA